AAAGGAUCAUCAAAAUCCACUCUUCCUUGAGAACUACCGUGAUUCGAUUGAGCUCCGCCAUGUCUCUCACCCGCUAUUCCAAACCUGUACCCUCUGGGGCUAUAGUGGCCGAGACCCGCGAGCAGCUCAACCAGAUCACCUUCGAGAAUCAGUACACGCUUCUGCACGAAGAAGACGGUGGCUACAUACUGAAGCAGACCGAAGACGGAACUGUGGUGGCAGUAGCUGGCGACGCUCUCUGCGCGGAGCUCGACAAGGUCUUUGCCGACCUCGACGCCAGGGAGGCUGCAGAGAACAACCAAGAGGAUCAGCAAGGUGGGGACUCCAGAACCGGCGGCUACGGCAACGGUGAAUCGCGGCGAACUGCGAAUGACAUCCAGGCGGACAAUAGGCUGAACGCUUGUGCUCAUCGCAGAUGCUUCAACUCGGUGAUCUGUAUAACCUAUAGAGACUGUCAUAUCUGCUCAUCUCGGAAUGUGUGUAUUUGA